GCAGACAGAUGGAGGGCGGCGAAGCUAACCUGACCGCGGGCGUCGUGUGCGUUGUGGAGCCAAGCGGGAGCACGCGCUAGGCUGGCUCUCGAGCUUGAAGGUGCCUGUCGGGGUCUGCGUGGCCAGAAGAGAGCCAUGGAGCGGGAAAAAGGCGAGUUGGAGUUUCCUAUCCAGCGCAAAGCUUCACCCUUGGAACAGAUGGAUGAGGAUGAAGAGGAAGAUGAUGACUUGGAUCUCUUUGGGGGUUAUGAUAGCUUUCGACAGUACAGCAGCAGUGUGGACAGUGGCAGCACCUCCUACCUGGAAGAUUCUAGUGAGAAUGAAACAGCAGAUCGAGAAGCUGGGGAAGUGCCUGCAUCCCUGACAAAAACCCAGACAUCUGCUGGACGAUUACCAGAUGAUAAUGGAUCUGAGCCAGCUAUCUGUGAGAUGUGUGGCAUUGUGGGCACAAAAGAUGCUUUCUUCUCAAAGACCAAACGUUUUUGCAGCGUCUCCUGCUCCAGAAGCUACUCUUCAAAUUCCAAGAAGGCCAGCAUCUUGGCUAGGUUGCAGGGAAAACCACCUACAAAGAAAGCAAAAGUCUUGCACAAGGCAGCCUGGUCUGCUAAAAUUGGAGCGUUCCUUCAUACACAGGGGACAGGUCAACUUGCAGAUGGAACUCCAACUGGCCAGGAUGCUCUUAUUGUAGGAUUUGACUGGGGGACGUACCUACAAGAACAUGGAUGCAAGGCUGCAGCUGUCAGCAGUUUCAAACAUGUGCCCCUUUAUGAGCAAUGGGAGGAUGUGAUGAAAGGGUUGAAGGUGGAAGUGUUGAACAGUGAUGCUGUGCUUCCUAGUCGUGUAUAUUGGAUUGCUUCUGUUGUUAAGAUUGCAGGCUACAAGGCACUGCUACGCUAUGAAGGCUUUGAAAGUGACUCCAGCCAUGACUUCUGGGUCAACUUGGGCAUGAUGGACAUCCACCCUAUUGGCUGGUGUGCCAUCAACAGCAAAAUUCUGGUUCCACCCCAGACCAUCCGUUCCAAGUACACAAACUGGAGGGAUUACCUUAUGAAGAAACUUGUAGGAGCUAGGACCAUCCCAGCAGAUUUCCAUAUAAAGAUGACUGAGAACAUGAAGUAUGCUUUCCGCCAAGGAAUGAGAGUAGAAGUGGUGGACAAGACCCGUAUUUCACGGACACGUAUGGCAGUAGUGGACACAGUUAUCGGUGGCCGUCUGAGGCUCCUUUAUGAGGAUGGAGACAGUGAUGACGAUUUCUGGUGUCACAUGUGGAGUCCUCUCAUCCACCCUGUGGGCUGGUCUCGAAGGGUUGGCCAUAGCAUAAAGAAACCAGAAAAGUGUAACAACAUGGCAAACCAUCCUACCUUUCGGAAGAUCUACUGUGAUGCUGUUCCAUAUCUUUUUAAGAAGGUGCGUGCUGUCUAUCCAGAGGGUGGUUGGUUUGAAGAGGGCAUGAAACUGGAAGCUAUUGACCCUUUGAAUCUGGGCAACAUUUGUGUGGCUACCAUUCGCAAGGUCCUUUUGGAUGGCUAUCUGAUGAUUGGCAUAGAUGGCACAGCCUCAGAGGAUGGCUCUGAUUGGUUUUGCUACCAUGCAUCCUUACACUCGAUUUUCCCUGCCGGGUUCUGUAAGAAAAACAACAUUGAACUGACUCCUCCAAAAGGAUAUGAUGCCAAGACCUUCGGCUGGACAAGUUACCUAGAAAAGACCAAAUCCAAAGCUGCACCGACACGCCUGUUCAGUAUGGAUUGCCCAAACCAUGGCUUCAAGGUGGGCACCAAGCUAGAAGCAGUAGAUUUGAUGGAACCCAGACUUAUCUGCGUGGCCACGGUGAAGCGAGUGAUCCAUCGGCUUCUCAGAAUCCACUUUGACGGCUGGGAUAAUGAAUAUGACCAGUGGAUGGACUGUGAAUCUCCAGAUAUCUAUCCUGUGGGUUGGUGCGAGCUGAUAGGUUACCAGCUGCAGCCGCCAGUGGUCCCAGAGCCUGUGUCACCUGUGCCAGUCAAGGAGGUGCCAAAGAAAAAGCGGAAGCCAUAUGGGAAGAAGAGAAAAAAGAUGACUGCUAAAGCUCGUUCUGUCAAGCAAGCAGCUAAGAAGCUUCCUGCUCCAAAACCAAAGAAAGGAACGCAAGUGGCAAGCAAGGCCUCACCAAAACCAGCUCCUGAUGAAGUAGUUGUUGCUGUGCAGGUAAAAGAAGAAGUUCUUAAUGAUACAGGGAUAGCUUCUGAAGCUCCACACCUUCCAGUACCAAUCAGCUGUGUAAAAGAUGAGGACAUGGAGCCGGAAGCCCCAAAGAGUCCUGUGCUAACUGGAUUUUUAAAAGAUGAGGACAUGGAAUCCGAAGUUCCAUUAAGCCCCAUGCUGAGCACUUCUGUAAAAGAUGAGGAAAUGGAACAGGAAGUCUCAAAGAGUCCUGUGUUGAUUGGCUGCCUGAAGGAUGAGGAUGUGGACUAAACUUUUAAGGCAGCAAAAAGACUUGUUACCUAGCACAAUAAGCCUUAUGAAUAUGACAGAAUGGCCCACUGGGCUUGUUUGAGGACUUGGGCUGAAGGGCAGAUUUUACAACACUGUAAUUUUUAUAGAAAAUGGCCAUCUCCCACCAAAAAACUGCUCUUGGAAAACAGACUUAAUGAGAUCCUGUAGAAAAGCAAACCUAUACUGCAUUUCAAACUACAACAGAAGAUGAAUUUCUCCACUUAGCAUCUUCUCCCCUCCUUUCAAGCUAUCAUCUUCAAUUUGAUCUUGUGUCAAGAUAAACACCAAAGCUAAUCUGUGCUAUGACAAGGAGAACACUCCAAGUCUUGCUUCUGCUCUCCAUGUUACCUUCUGUAUUAUGUUGUCAGCUUUUGUUUAUUGUUUGCCAUUUGACCAACAGACACUAUUCUGCCAGUGAAAUUGCAUGUAAGGCCCAUCCCUCACACACAAACAAAAAUGUUCCGUUGUUUCCUAUGAGAGUAAAAUGCUCAGCAUUGUUAAUCCAGUCUCCUUAAGCAAGAGGCUUAUAUUAAUCUUAGAGCAUUUACUCUGGGGUGUAUACAACUGUCAGCAGGAAAACACAGAUUCCAAAGUGUUAUGAAUUAAAUGGUUUAUUAAAAGACAUUUCUGAAUAAUAGACUAACAGUAA